GCCGGCCCCUCCGCACUAUGCCCAUCUUACUCUUCCUGAUAGACACGUCCGCCUCCAUGAACCAGCGCACCCACCUGGGCACCACCUAUCUGGACAUAGCCAAAGGCGCUGUAGAGACUUUCAUGAAGCUCCGAGCCCGGGACCCGGCCAGCAGGGGAGACAGGUACAUGCUGGUCACUUUCGAGGAGCCUCCCUACGCUAUCAAGGCUGGCUGGAAGGAAAACCAUGCAACGUUUAUGAAUGAACUGAAAAACCUUCAAGCUGAAGGACUUACGACUCUUGGCCAGUCCCUAAGGACAGCUUUUGAUUUAUUAAACUUAAAUAGAUUAGUAACUGGCAUAGACAACUAUGGGCAGGGAAGAAACCCGUUUUUUCUGGAGCCAGCAAUAAUUAUAACAGUUACUGAUGGAAGUAAAUUAACUACUACCAGUGGAAUACAGGAAGAGCUCCACUUACCUCUCAAUUCCCCUCUUCCUGGAAGUGAGUUGACUAAGGAACCCUUUCGAUGGGAUCAGAGGUUGUUUGCUUUAGUUCUUCGUUUGCCUGGUAUCACAUCACCAGAAUCAGAGCAGAUGACAGGGGUACCAGUGGAUGACUCUGCAAUCACACCGAUGUGUGAAGUCACAGGAGGUCGAUCAUACUGUGUAUGCUCUCCAAGAAUGCUGAAUCAGUGUCUUGAAUCAUUGGUGCAAAAAGUGCAAAGUGGAGUGGUAAUAAAUUUUGAAAAAGCUGGACCAGAUCCCUCACCAAUUGAUGAUGGACAGGUGGAUAUAGCUAGGCCCUUUGGACCCCAGCCUUGGCACAGCUGUCACAAACUUAUUUAUGUCAGACCAAACCCUAAAACUGGGGUUCCUAUAGGUCAUUGGCCUGUUCCUGAAUCCUUUUGGCCAGAUCAAAAUUCUCCAACGCUGCCACCCCGCACAUCUCAUCCUGUGGUGAAAUUCUCCUGCACUGACUGUGAACCAAUGGUCAUUGACAAACUGCCUUUUGAUAAAUACGAGUUAGAGCCUUCACCACUGACCCAGUUUAUCCUGGAAAGAAAAUCUCCUCAGACCUGCUGGCAGGUAUAUGUGAGCAAUAGUGCAAAAUACAGUGAACUUGGUCAUCCUUUUGGUUACUUGAAAGCUAGUACAGCGCUGAAUUGUGUGAAUUUAUUUGUGAUGCCUUACAAUUAUCCAGUCCUCCUUCCACUGCUAGAUGACUUGUUUAAAGUGCACAAGGCAAAGCCAACGUUAAAAUGGCUGCAGUCAUUUGAAAGUUAUUUGAAGACAAUGCCUCCUUAUUAUCUUGGGCCUUUGAAGAAAGCUGUGAGAAUGAUGGGAGCACCAAACCUUAUAGCUGACAAUGUGGAAUAUGGACUUAGUUACAGUGUCAUUUCAUAUCUCAAAAAGUUGAGUCAGCAGGCCAAAAUAGAGUCCGAUAGAGUCAUUGGCUCUGUAGGCAAAAAGGUAGCGCAAGAGACUGGAAUUAAGGUCAGAAGCAGAUCACACAACCUGUCUAUGGCACAUAGGAACGAUUUUCAACAUCUGCUACAGGGGAUUACUGGGGAAAUUCCUCAUAGACCUCUAGACCUCAAUAUGAAGGAGUAUGCUGGGUUCCAAAUAGCUUUGCUGAAUAAGGAUUUGAAACCUCAGACUUUUAGAAAUGCUUAUGAUAUACCUAGAAGAAAUCUUUUGGAUCAGUUAACACGAAUGAGAUCUAAUUUACUGAAGAGUACUCGGAAGUUCCUCAAAGGACAAGAUGAAGAUCAAGUUCACAGUGUACCUAUAGCACAAAUGGGAAACUACCAGGAAUACCUAAAACAAAUACCCUCUCCGCUCCGAGAGCUUGAUCCUGACCAACCACGAAGGCUCCAUACAUUUGGCAAUCCAUUCAAAUUGGACAAAAAGGGAAUGAUGAUAGAUGAAGCAGAUGAAUUUGUAUCAGGACCUCAAAAUAAACAUAAAAGACCGGGAGAACCAAAUAUGCAAGGGAUUCCAAAAAGACGUCGGUGUAUGUCACCCCUGCUCAGAGGUCGACCACAAACUCCUCCAGUUGUGAAUAACCACAUUGGAGGAAAAGGGCCACCAAUACCAACCACACAAGCACAGCCUGACCUUGUUAAACCCAUUCCUAUUCACAAAACGUCAGAAACUAAUAGUGAGAUUGCAAUGGAUGAUGUGGUGGAGAAUCAUGUUACAGACCCGCUUUCAUCAGAUGUUUUCCCAAAUACCAUGGAUUCAGAGUUCUCAAUGUCCUCUUCUCCAUUCAAUUCAUUGGAUCGACCAGCAGCUCAUACAGAGGAUGUAGGCCAUGAACAUUUAGGGAAUAACUUGAACGUUGAUGGAUUUUUGGAGAAUCAUGAGGAAUUGGAUAGUAAAGAACAAAGUACUGAAGAAAACUUGCCAAUGUCUUCACCCAGUAAGGGAAAAAAAGCAGUGCACUGCAGAAGUUCCAGAGAGAUUAAUAUAGAGCUAAGAGCACAAAUUAUGAAAGAAAUCCGAAAACCAGGAAGGAAGUAUGAAAGAAUCUUCUUUUUACUGAAACAUGUACAAGGAAGCUUACAAACCCGUCUGAUAUUUUUGCAAAAUGUUAUUAAAGAAGCUUCAAGGUUUAAAAAACGAAUGUUGAUAGAACAGCUAGAGAGUUUUCUGGAAGAAAUCCAUCGCAGAUCCAAUCAGGUCAACCAUAUCAACAGCAGCUAAGGAACUGCACACAAGAGAAAGCCACAGCAGGGCACUGCUGUCCUUACUUGCAUUCAUUUUUGACAUGCACUCUUAUCUCAAGUUCUGUAUCGGAAAUUAUGAGAAGCUGCUCUAUAAAAUGAUGAGAAAAGUAUCCAACAUCUUUUUUCUUCAUUUCUGUUAUUUUUGUAAUGUGAAAAAUCACGAAAACAUUUUUAUUUAAAUGGAGAACUCCUUGCUUGUCAUGGACUUAAGUGUCACUUUCCCUCAGGUUCUAUUUUCUUAAUCCAACCUUCAAAACUAUCACCUCUUAAGGUUGAACUUUGCCAAAAAGUUGCUUUGUAAUUUUCAGAAAAAAAAAGCACAUACAUAAAACAAGGUAAUGUUUUGUAUAUACAGUUAUUUUGGAUAUAUUAUUGUAAGUUGUAUAAAUGUAUUUUGAAAAAUAUUUAAGAAAAGCACUUUUGUUAUUCCAUCAAUAAAAGCUCUAUUUUAAUCUUUGUGUAGGACUGAGUACAUUUUUUUACUUGGAACAGUUCCUUCUGCCUUCCUUUUACAGAACUUCCAUGCCUUAGUGUCAGUGUGAUACUAAAUAAUGAGCAGUUUUGUAUCACUGGAUAUUCUGUUCUUAAUCAGAAUGAGAGAAAAGCAAAAGCAGAGUCGUGACUAUGGUAGGAUGAUGAUCUUAGCGUUGUGUACUUUGUGCUUUACUGUUUAGUGAAUAGAGUAACAAACGUACUGUAUGCACAUCGACAUCAGUGACACAGUUUUAUGAAGAUACAGUGUAGAAUAGCAGAGGUCAGUAGCCUCUGAGGAAUUCUGCAUGCUUCUGUCAGAAUCUUUUGUUUACAAAUGGGAGGAGCAGUCCAGCAAUCUUGGACAUAAGUUAUUACUGAAUACUUUAUUGGUCCUGUCUUUCAUCUUUGCUAACUUCUGGAAAGCUUUGACUCAAUGGGAGCAGCUCUUCUCUGAUGCUUUUCUUAAGAGUUGGUGGUUUGUGGUCUUCAGCUAAAGUCUUUAUGGGCAGGGGUUUCUGAUGCAUCAUGCCAUCAGUUGAUGACUUGUACUAAAACACUAUCUUAGCUUUUAAAAGGGUGCUGAAAAAGCCAUUUUUCAAGAUACUGUUAGCUUCAUUCUGUGUUCUUCAGGAAUGCGUUCCAUGCUGUGUUCAUUUAAAAAGAAAAGAUAAAGAUAGUGAAGGUAGGUAUUACUACCCAUUUUUUGGUAGUAAUGUUUUUGUUACUGAUUCAGUGGUAUAUCUACUUCCUACCUGCCCUUCUGUCAGUUUUGGAACAACCUCUCAACUUUUCACAGCUUUUUGCUGCUUGCUUGUUACCUUCCUAUCCCAUCUAGAUUAUAGCUAAGCCUGGGACCAGACUGAACUUCAGUUCUGUUCUCAAGUCUUUGACUUCAGGGAAGGGAAGCAAAGUUGUGUUUGAAACCCUGGCCUUUCUGUAAGACACUUGAUACUGAACGAAUCGACCUGACUUGCAAAAUCUGUUCAGCUUUUCCUCAAAUGUGUAUAUGCCUACAGUCUUUGCAGUUGUGGUGCUAAUGAUUCAUAGACAACUGUUUCCUGUAGUUUGUAUGAAGUAAUCAGGUAGUGGACUUGCCCUUUUUCUUGCAAGUGUUGUUGUUUUAAACACUUAAUAAAUAUAUACAUAAUGUAGCCUUUAAUUUCAUUGCAGGAAGGUUCGCCAUAGAAGGAACAGAAGACAGUGUAAUUGACUAGCAGUUAUCAUGAAGGAUUUGUAAUUCUUCCUAUAAAGAGUACUGAACCUGUAAAUGAAAACAAUAUUAAAAUUAUUUGUGUUUGGAACCAGGUUUUCAAAAAGCAUAGUACAGCUUAAAUACUUAAAUUAAGCGUGGAACUAGCAGAUUUGUA